GUACGGUAUGCGCCAGCAGACUUUAAAAGGAUUAAAAUAAAAAUUAUUAAUUGGUUUCGUUCUAUGGCCAGCCUACAAAUUGCUUAAUUAACAAAUAUAUAAAUAAAUAAUCAAAAAAAAAAAAAAAAAAAAAAAUCAAAAAUAUGUCAUUGCUUACCGAUUACAUAUUGACUGUUUGUGCGCUGCUAUGUCUGUUCAUCUUUUACGCGCAACGUAAAUGCUGGCUGUUUGUAUGGCAAUUGAAGGGCUGGCGUGGCGUUAUUGAGCAACCUAUACUAUGGCUAUUACUUGUUAUUAAUUUGGAACCAAAUGAUAUAAUGGUGGCUGUUAAACGUUGCCGUAAAUAUUUCAAGAGCCCUGUAGCUGUUAUUGUCGGAACACGAAUUCUGUUGUAUGUAGAUGAUCCGGGUACCAUGGAGGCUGUCCUAACUGCACCAGAGUGCUUAAAUAAAACCUUUCUGCAAAACGGUUUCUUUGCUAAUAAAGGCUUAUUGCACGCGAAAGAUGAAAAAUGGAAGAUACGCCGUAAACAACUUAAUCCAACGUUCAAUUAUCAAAUACUUUUAAGUUUUUUUAAUACCUUCAAUGCGGUUGGCCAAGAAAUGCAACAACAGUUAAGUGAAAUGCUAUUACAAACUAAAACGCGUAGAAUAAGUUUUGAGGCGUUGGAGGAUUUAAUUAGUCGAGCUGUCUUGGAAGUGUCAUGUUUAACUACUAUGGAUACGACUACACAUUUCACACGUAGCGAUACUAAAGGUAUAACAAGAACCUAUAGAACUCUCAUGGAAAUUAGCGCCUUGAGGACAAUUAAGCCCUGGCUACAAAUUGAUAUCAUAUUCCGGUGGUUGAAUGAGAAAAUCUAUGAAAAAUCCAGGCGUUGCAACAAGUUGGUGGAACAAUUCGUUACAGAUAUGGUGCAGCGUAAACUUGAUGAAUGGUACGCCAAGAGCGAGACGUCGUCUACGAGAGAAGCCAAAAUAAAUAUUGUAAAGGUGUUGAAGAAGAAGGAUAGCAUCGAUGGCAUUGAUCAGGAGGCUAACGCUUUAACAGACGGCAUGAAUUCUUCUUCUGCUCCUUUAGCCGAUGUUGAUGCGGCGGAGCAUAAGCGUAUUUUCAUCGAUCAACUUUUUCAUUUAGCUAAAAUGGGUGAAUUGACGUUGGACGAAAUCAUCAAUGAAACACAAUCCAUGGUGAUGGUGUCAUUUGAAACGAUAUCGACUUCUAUAAUGAAUGUUUUGUUAUGUUUGGCCAUUAAUCGUGAAUAUCAAAAUGAAUUACGUAACGAAAUCCGACAAGUGUUAUCAAAGGUAUCAUCACAACAGUGGCAACAACAACAACAACAACAACGAACAAAACACAUAAAUCCUGCUGACGUUGAUAAUGCUGAUGAUUUUCAUUUGUCUAUAGUGAUGGAAAAUUUACAACAAAUGCCCUACCUUGACAUGAUUAUAAAUGAAUCGUUACGGUUGCUGACAACCGUACCAAUGAAUAUACGUAAUGUUAGCAAAGAUAUUCAAUUGCAUAUUAUAGAGCAAAAACAACAGCAACGAAAACCUGAUAUUGACAAAUUGCAUGAUGGUCAAGAUGUAAUAAAAAGCAAACGAAUCGUUUGGAUACCCAAAAAUACUUUAAUUGCAAUGGAUACUUUUAGCAUGCAACGUGACCAAAGCCAUUGGGGUCCGUACGCUCAACAAUUUCACCCAAAACAUUUUUCAAAAGACUAUCAACAUGCUCGACAUGCAUUCGCCUUUAUACCGUUUUCAAAGGGUUUGCGUACUUGUAUUGGUUCCCGUUACAGUAUUUAUGUGCUUAAGAUCUUUUUGAUAAAAUUAAUUUCUCGCUUCGAUUUCGAUACCAGCGCUUGUUUGGACAAUUUAGAAUUCGUGGAAGGAAUCUCCUUAAAACUACGUCAAGCAAAGCAUAUCGAAUUUCACAUACAACCUUGUCCGCAACAGUAAUGAGUUAUACUAAAUUUUGUAUGAUUUUUAACGCAGCAAAUUCUCUGCAAGGAACAUGAAUAUGGCGUGCAAUUAGAGGCCGAUGCGCAAACAACCAUUACAUCGCCUAAAACGUAACUAUUUAUCAGGGAACAAUACUAAAUAAUUAUAUCAUCAUCAUCAUUUUUUUAAUAUGUAAAGAUCGAUAUUAAAAAAUACUCUGCGACGAAAAAUCGCGACGUAUCACAGUGCUUGAUAAGAACAUUGUAGGAAUUUUGUAGCGAUGAAAUUAAAAUGUUGUCGGACAUCUUGGAAAGGAUCAUCGAAUCUAAUCAUGAUUAUGUGGUUGUUUAAAGGGGUUUUUUCCCUAAGUAAUAAAUGUGUUCUUUAGUCCGACAUUAAAAAGCUUGAUACUUUUUAGACGUUAUUAUUAUUAUUAUCAUUAUUUAUAUGUGUGUAGUAUUUAAUAUUGUGAAAUUAACAUGUUAUUCGCAUCUGUUCACUUUGUGUAAAUAAUUAAUAAAUUCCUUUGGCACAAAGAAACCUCUUAAUGUUAGGUGAAAUUGCUUAGAUAGCAUAACGCAGAGAAACACUA